AUGUCAUCUUCACGAAUUCUAUUAAGAAACUCUCUUUCUAUUGCCAGACCAUCAAGAGUAUUGUUCAAUUCAAGAAUAGUUAAUUCAUCGGCGCGUUUGCUUUGGACUCAAUCUCCUUCAUAUAAUUCUAUUUCAAAAGAUGAUUCCAUAAAAAAGGAAGAAAGUGCGCCAAGUAAAGCUGUUCAAGAAGUGAGUCCAAAAAUUCAAGCUUUGGUGGAUCAAAUUUCAGCAUUAACACUAUUGGAAACUGCUUCUUUAGUGACAGAAUUAAAGACAAAGUUAAACAUACCUGAUUUUGCAAUGGCUGCUCCUGCUGUUGCUACUGCAGGCAGUGCUAAUGGUGCAGCUGCUGUUAGUGAAGAAGAUGGUGAAAGCAGUGGAGCUAAAAAGGAAUCCAAAGAAAAGACUGUUUUCAAUAUUAAAUUAGAUUCAUUUGAAACAAAGAGUAAGCCAAAGAUUAUUAAGGAAGUUAAGGGUUUAUUAGGUCUUUCUUUAGUUGAAGCUAAGAAAUUUGUUGAAGCAGCUCCAAAAUUGUUAAAAGAAAACGUGGCAAAGGAUGAUGCUGACAAGAUAAAGAAAACUCUUGAAGAUUUGGGCGCUAAAGUUACAUUGGAAUAA